CCUUUUAGAAGCUAGAGCUCUGAGAAGCGGGUGGCCCGUUUCUCUGUCGCGGGCGCAGCUCCCUCACCUGAGGCGGACCCCACUUGCCCUGGCAUGAGCCGGUGCCCCUGCAGCUGCUCCCCACGGCCGCCCUCCGAUUCCUGCCGCUGCAGCUACAGCGUCCUGACAGCCGCCGGACGCCCUCGCCCCUCGGACGGUUGUAAAGAAGAAAGUUCCACUGUCUCUGUCAAAAUGAAGUGUGAUUUUAACUAUAACCAUGUUCAUUCUGGAAUUAAACCGGUAAAGCCUGAUGACAAUAGAAGACAAGGUUCCUACACUACUGCGAAUUUGGAAGGUUCUUAUAAAGACUUCAUUAAAGACUAUGAAAGGUUAUCAGAUAUUGGGUCACCGAUUGUGAGCCCCAGGAUUGUAGAACUUGAAACUGAGAGCAAGCCCUUGCAUAAUAAGGAAAAUCUACAUGUACAGCAAACACUUAAUAGUUCGAACGACAUAGAAGAACUAGAGACCAGUGGACCUUAUGAAGACAGUGGCUACUCUUCAUUUUCCCAGCAAAGUGGCCUCAGUGAACAUGAAGACAGUAGCCUUCCCCUGGUGGAAAAUUUCAGUGACAGUCCACAAUCUUGCCUGCUACGGACGCAAAGCCCAGACCAAUAUCCCAACAAAAACUUGCUGCCGGCUCUUCAUUUUGAAAAAGUGGUUUGUUCAACAUUAAAAAAAAAUUGUAAACGAAAUCCUAAAAUAGAUUGGGAGAAGCUGAAGGAAUUUAUAUCCAGUGGAAAUUUUAGACUACAGAAUAUAAUUGGCAGGAAAAUGGGCCUAGACUGUGUAGAUAUUCUCAGUGAACUCUUUCGAAGGGGACUCAGACAUCUCUUAGCAAAUAUUUUGACACAGCUCAGUGAUAUGGACUUAAUCAAUGUGUCUAAAGUGAGCACAACUUGGAAGAAGAUUCUAGAAGAUGAUAAGGGGGCAUUGCAAUUGUACAAUAAAGCAAUACAAAGAAUUACCGAAAAGAACAUUAAGUUUUCACCACACGCUUCAACCAGAGAGUAUGUUUUAUUCAGAACCCCAUUAGUAUCCGUGCAAAAGUCAGCCACCCAGACUCUCCCCAAAAAAGACGCUCGAACCAAGUUACCUGAUCCAGGUGAUCAGAAAGGUUCUACUUACAGUCGACACAGUGAAUUCUCUGAGGUUGCCAGAACUUUGAAAAAGAACGAGAGCCUCAAAGCCUGUAUUCGCUGUAAUUCACCUGCAAAAUACGAUUGUUAUUUACAACGGGCAACCUGUAAACGAGAAGGCUGUGGAUUUGAUUAUUGCACAAGGUGCCUGUGUAAUUAUCAUACCACUGAAGACUGUUCAAAUGGCAAGCCCCUAAAAGCCAGUUUUAAAAUGGGUCCUUUGCCUGGUACUAAGAAAAGCAAGAAGAAUUUACGACGACUGUGAUCUCUUAAUAAAUCAGUUAGUUGUAAGUGAUCUUGAAGGUUAGUUAGAAAAUGUUAGGUUUUAACUUAAAAAAAUAAAAAAUAAAUGUACUGUGAUGUUCAAUUUUAUGUUGAAAUCAGUGUAGUACAUGGGAUUUUUUUCCCCCAGUGAGAAGAGAGGAUACACAAACUCUUAAAAUAUUUUACAAUUUAAUGUGAAAAAAUUCAAAAUUCUCAAUAUAAAUCAGAAAAUUUAAGUAUUUUAAGAAAAACUGUUUUUCUGAUGAUUGUGAUUCAGAGAUGAAAUAAAAUUGUCUCAAUUUUAUGGUAAAGGAGGACCAUGUAAUUUUACCUGGACAAUCUUAAAUGUAAAUCUUCUUUACCAUCCAUUAGCAUUUGAGACAUUUUAUUUGCUUUACCAAAUUAAUAAUACCUAUUGAAAUAUCAUCUUCUGGUGUCUGUUAAUUUAAAUGUUUUGUCACCUUUCUUGAACCUCUUUUUCAGUGUGUGUAUUUCCCAAAAAAGUAUCUUUUGUGAAAUCUUGCUUUUCAUUAUUCGUAAGGUUUGUAUGUUUUAAUAUUUUGUACAUAUGUAAAUAUAUCUGUAUUUUUUAUGUGCCAGAGUAAGAAAAUAAAUGUCUCUUUUGUAUAUACAUGUACAUAAAUUUUUUUCCUGUUAUGAAUAAAAGUGUUACAAGCUUAAUA